AUGCGAGAGGAGUGCCUGGGUAUCCCUUUCGCCGAACCUGCUCCCUCUCUUCCUGCCGAACCUGCUGUGGCUGGUUCGGAGCCAGGCCUGGGGAUCAUCUCUAGCUUCAGCCAAGGUGGCCUCCCGUCUGUUGCAGAAGUACCUGAGAUUUCACCUGAACAGGCACCUGAAGCUGCCAGCAGCGACGGAGAGGGAGGGAAAGCAGCUGCCACGAGCACUGGCAGCAGCCCAUCGUCUCCUGUCACUCUGCCUACCUCAGCUGUUGCCCCCGGACCUGCUUCCCCAACCACCCCGUCCGGACCUGCACGCCGAGCCGCCGCCGCAGCUGCGGCAAGGCGGAAGAAGGAGCAGUUUGGGAAGGUCGAGAGUUGCGCUGGUGCUCCUGCGAGUGGGUGUCUGAAUGAGUUGGCUGGGUGCUUUGCUGGGGCUAAAGAGUAUGAAUGGAGUGAGAAAGAGGGAGGGGGAGGGGAAAAGGGGAAAGGGGCAAGGGUUGGUGAAAGGGAGGUUGCAAGGGAGGAAGGCAACAGCAAGGCACACCCUUUUCUGGGGCAGCAGCAGGAUGAGGAAAAGACGGGUGGAAAGGAACAGGUGGAAAGGGCGUCUGAGAAAACACCUGAAAAAGCACCUGAGGAAACACCUAAGAAGCGGCAUCAGCAGGAGCGUGCAGGAGCCGGGACAAGGGAGAAAAUGGCAGAAGCCAUUACUCCGAAGGCAAAAGAGGUGAAAGAGGUGGUGAUGGUGAUGGAAGUUGGGGAAGAUGAAGGAUUGGAGGAGAGGGAAGAGAGGGAGGGAGAAGGAGAAGGAGGGGAAGGAGAGAGAGAGUUGGAGUCUCAGGCGUUCGAGUCUGAACGGAAGGUGCAGCAGUGGUUAGAGCAGCAGCACCAGAAUGAGGGGGAGAUGAUACCGCAGCCAGAGCACCUGACACCUGACCACCUGCCAAAACACCUGGGGCUUGAGAACCAGCAGCAACAGCAGCAGCAGCAGCAGCAGCCGCAGGAAAGGAAGCCUGCCGAGCUGGUUCGGAUGCUGCAGGGCUCCGAGCCUGCACGGCUGCACGCAGCAGGGCGAAUCCGCGAGGUGGCUCGGGGGGACGAGGACGCGCGGGAGCACUUGAGGCAGGCAGGGGUGCUGCGGCCGCUUCUUGACUGCGUUGCUGCUGCUGCUGGGCUGCCUGUGGGGGUGGAGGCGGUACUGUUGCAGAGCCAGGAGAAACAGGAGAAGCAGGAGAAGCAGGAGGGACCGGGAGGAGUAGGCAUGGGGGAUCCGCUCCCUCUUCCCCCUGGCGCUGCUGCUGCUGGUCUUCCGUACUCUGCCUCAGCUGCUGGUCUUCCGUACUCUGCCUCAGCUGCUGGUCUUCCGUACUCUGCCUCAGCUGCUGGUCUUCCGUACUCUGCUUCUGCUGCUACAAGCUAUCCGUACCCUCCCCCCUCCCCUGCCAUGCCUGGCCUGCCCCUCACAGCACACCCCUGGGUGGCCCCUUCCCCCUCCCACCCUCCCAUCCGCUACUCCUCCUCUGCUCCUGGCUAUGGCAUCCCAGCCACUCCCUUUUCCGAGCGAGCAGGAUCCAUGCGAGCACCUUCCCCCACUCGAACCCCCUCCUUGGCUGCUUCUCACUCGUUCCCAUCCCCUUACCCUGCUGGGUAUGGGUCUGCUGCUGCUGCUGCUGCUGCUGCUGCUGCUGCUGCUGCCAAUGCUACUCCCAGGCACCUCUCUGCAGCACACCCCGGCUUUCCUGCACUGCACCACCCGCACACUCCACAUGCUGGCACCACCCCCUCUCGCUCCCUCUCUUCUGAUACUGCUCCUCCUCUUUCCACCACCCCUUCUUUCAACUCUGCUCAUACCAACUGGGUUUUAGCAGAGACUGCCACUUUUGCCUUAGUCAAUCUCACUCUAGAUCCGAUCAACUGCAAUCUAAUCACCGAUCUUGGUGCCGCCCCAAUCCUCGUCCACAUCCUCCGUGCCGCCCCGACCGCCGUCCGGGACGCGGCGAUUGCGGCCUUUUUCGUUCUUUCCACGUGCGACGCCGCCCGGCUGGACAUCGGCGCGGCCGGCGCGAUCCCGCUCCUCGUCUCCAUCCUACUAGACGAAAAGCCCCAGCGGCAGCCCUCGGCUUGUCCGGCCAACUCAGACCGAGCCAAAGAAGACGCCCUUCUCACUCUCCUCAACCUCUCCCACCUCACCUCCAACAAGUCAACUCUCCUUCUCUCCGGCACCCACCGCGCAUUAAUCCACAUUAUAACGCGCGCACCCGGCCACCGGCUAGCAGACAAAGCUCUUGCUACAAUGAGGCAGCUUGUAACAAGGCCGGAGGGGAGGGAGGCGGUGGUGCAGGCAGAAGGGGUGGGUGCACUGGCAAGGGCGCUGGAGAGAGGAUCGGAUAAGGGGAAGGAAGAGGCGACGGCGAUUCUGGUGGUUCUGUGGGAUAAUAAUGGUGGGGGGCACAGGAAGGCGAUAAGGGAGAAGAAGAUUGGGAAGCUGCUGACGGCCGUGGCUCGGACAGGCUCGGAGCGUGGGCGAGCAAAGGUGAGUGUGUGA